AUGGGAUCGAGCGAUAUACCACCGCCCACAGCGCCAGGCUGGCUCAUCCCGGCAUCGUCAGCCCUCCUCAGCGCCGGCGUCGUCUUCUGGCUCAUCUGCUACGUUCUCAUGACUAAACGCUCCCUCAGCACUCGCGAUACGCCCAUCCCGCUCCUCGCUCUGGGGAUCAACCUCUCAUGGGAGAUCGUGUACGCCUUCUACGUGACAGAGGAGUGGCUCGAAUUCGCCGGGUUCGUCAUGUGGCUCGCCCUCGACAUGCCUGUGCUGUACACCACCCUCAGGUACGGACGCAGGUCGAAUGCCGCCUCGCCACUGGUCGCCCGCCAUGUGCCCCUGCUGUUGGGCCUGGUCUUCGUCUUUGGGCUCGUCACCAACAGCCUAUUCGUGUCGUGGUGGCUCAAGGAGCCUCAUCGCGGCUCAGGCCUCAAUCCGGCAAGAUAUGGAAGGGUCUCGAAGCAAGAGAUACGACGGAGCUGGCGUGGUGGUCUGCUGGCGUCGCACAAAUGA